AAUAACAACAAUAAUAAUAGCAACAACAGCACACAGACAUUCACAUCAUUUAAACCUACUUCUAUAGCACCUUCAGUACAAUCUAUUAGAGUACUUGAGAAUAAGAUAGACCCAAAUGCAAGAGCACUUACAUACAAUGCAACAUACGAGAGCAUGCAUGGAGAUAUAGCAGGUCCACAAACACCAUUCUCAACUGCGACAAUGCACAGGAAGCAGACGCGAGAUUACAUGGGCAGGAGUUGGCUGGAGCCAUCGCCCGAGCUGCAUCCAGGCGUCAACGAUGCCUACCUGCCCAAGAAGCUCAUCCACACAUGGACUGGACACACCAAGGGUGUGUCGGCCAUUCGUCUCAUGCCCAAAUAUGGCAACCUGUUGCUGUCAGCAGGCAAGGAUAGCACUGUCAAGAUUUGGGAUGUGUACAAUGAGCGCGACUGCAUCCAGACGUACACUGGACAUGGACAGGCAGUUCGUGACAUUUGCUUCAGAAACAAUGGCAGACAGUUCUUGUCCUGUGCAUAUGAUCGUAUCACUCGUUUAUGGGACACAGAGACAGGCAAGAUCAUCUCAUCCUACACCAAUGGUGCAGAGCCCAUCUGCCUCAAGUUCAAUCCAGACGAGGACAAGCAGCACCUUUUCCUGGUCGGUGGAUCCGAUCGCAAGAUCCUCCAGUACGACACCAACUCAAACACCGUCGUCCAGGAGUACGACCAGCACAUGGGCGCCAUCAACACGCUCACCUUUAUCGACAACAACCGACGUUUCGUAUCGUCCAGUGAUGACAAGUCGCUGAGAGUCUGGGAGUGGGACAUCCCAGUCGUGAUCAAGUACAUCAGUGACCCAGAGAUGCACAGCAUGCCCGCAGUGGCCGUGCAUCCCAAUGGCAAGUGGUUUGCCGCACAGUCAAUGGACAACCAAAUCCUGAUAUACAGCGCACGUGACAAGUUCCGAAUGAACAAGAAGAAGAGAUUCCAAGGCCACACAUCGGCUGGCUAUGCAUGCCAGGUUGGUUUCUCGCCUGAUGGCAAGUAUUUGAUCAGUGGUGACGGCUCUGGCAAGGCGUACUUCUGGGACUGGAAGACAUCUAAAGUUUAUAAGACACUGAACGCUCACGACGAAGUGUGCAUCGGCAUAGAGUGGCAUCCUAUUGAACAGUCUAAAGUGGUCACAUGUGGAUGGGAUGGCAAGAUUAAAUAUUGGGACUAG